AUGCCUUCUGUUGAAACCUGAAUCAUGCUCAGGACUCUCCUUGUAGCAAUUGCUGAAGGAGAGAUGAACAUCGAAAAGCAAAGGAAGAAGCUGGGAAAACUAGUAAAAUAUGAACCAUACUCUGCCUUCCAGCGUAUCGAUCGGAGAAGGACUGGCUUUGUAGAUAGUAUGGACAUCCUCACUUUUCUCAGAGAUAAUGACUUCCAAGAGGAGACUGAAGCUGACACUUACUACCUCAUGAAGUUUUUCGAUGUCGAUGAAGAUGAGAAACUGAAUUAUACAGAGUUCUUAACACUUGUUCUGCCUUGAGAUAAUGCCAAGCUCAGGAAUGAGAUUAUUAUGAGGCCAAAUUAUUAUGUUGGGCUUCUUGACUUCCUUCCAAAGGCUAUCGAGUAUGAACUAUGUAAAUUAUUUGUCAAGGAAAUUGCAUUUCAUGCAAAAAUUGAAAAGCUCAAACAGGAACUGGUUUCCAAGGCUGAUUUUGACCCAAGAUCAGGGUUUAAGGCUAUUGAUGACUGGAAUUAUAAUUACAUUGAUUUUGCAAAUUUGAAGAGAUUCUUGAAAUCUACUGGGUACAUUGCCACCAAUAAGGAGCUUGCGGCAGUCAUCAGAAGACUCGAUCUUAAUGCAGAUUCUAGGCUUUCCCUUGAAGAAUUUGUAGAAGGUACCAAGCCUAUUGAGCCUUAUUCAAAGGUUACGACUAGGAGCUUAGUGAAAACAAAGUCUAGGCCAAAGACAGCUAAAUUGAGAUCCUCAACUAGAUCAAAGUCUAUAACCAAAAAGAAAAAGGGAACGAAAAAAUUCAAAAGAGGUGGACAUACUUUGAAAGGUUCUUCUGUAACUGGCCAUCAGAGCACUGAGCAUCUUGAUUAUUCUCCAAAGAAACUGAGUUCAUUUAAGAAUGAGUUAUCGGAGAGUAAAGAACCUGAAUACGUAAACCAAAAGAAGCGAAUUGAUCUAUACCAAAGUCCUGAAGGGAAUAGAUCUCAUUAUGGAAUUAACCCCUAUCAGAAACCUGUAUCUUAUAAUGAGAGCACUGAGAAUAGAGCAGAGUAUAUUUCUCCCCAGAGAGCUUACACAUCCCAUAGCCCACCAAGAACAAGAGAAUAUAGCGCUUACAGUCCAAGGAAUCCAGCUGAAAAUAUUCCAGAGUAUGGGCAUACUCUGGCUCAUACUGAUGAAAAGGAGCUAGUGAGCACUCUUAAAGAUCUUCUUGAGAUGGAGGAAGAUCUUGAGAAUUACAAAAUAGACCUUAGCCUCAAACCUGACUUCAAUUUAGUAGACCUCUUCAGGAUGUUUGACACCAUCAACAAAGGCUAUAUCACAUUAGAUGAGUUCAGAUCAGGCUUGUAUCUAUUUCACAUAUAUGCUAGCCAAGAAGAGGCUCUCUUGUUAUUUACCAGAUAUGAGACAGUAAAUAAGGGAACUUUAAACUAUUCAGAUUUCUGUGAUAUUUUCUCACCGAAAGACGAAGAAUACAGCUCAAGCCUGAGGGUCAGACCUUCGUACUAUAUCCACAAGCCAUAUUACAAAAUUACAGAGUAUUUUCACCCAGAGACGAGGCUAGCAGUAGAAAAUUUAUUAAAUACGAACUUGAGGGUAGAGGCAUGUGCUGAUACGAUGAGAGACCAUCUUUCUUUGCUCCCAUCCUUCAAUGCCAUGGAGGCAUUCAAUACAAUUGAUAUGAAGAAUCUAGGAUACUUGGACGCUAAGCAAUUUAAACUACUCCUAGAGGCUCAUGGCGUCUACAACAAAAAUUGUGAAUACCUCGUGGACAGAUUUGAUAAGACUAAAGACGGCAAAGUCACGUAUGUAGAGUUUGCAGAUGGGCUAAGAAAAUAUUAA